GCGGGGCCCGGGGCCAUUGGUGCUGCGGGGAUACCGCUCCUUCCUCCCGCACGGAGCGCAGUGAGUGGGGAGAACCCGCGGGGAAGGCCGGGCCCACGUCCCGCCCCUGUAGCCACGCAGCCCCCGUGGGAUUGGCAGGCGAGGCAGAGGGCCCGUGGGGAUGGGCUCAGCGAACCAGCUCAGUGCUGUCUCUGAGUGAUCCCCAUCAAAACGUGGCAGUCCCGGGAAGGAAGGGGUUAAACGCCUGCAUACUUAAAUGAGCUAAAAGAAGAUGAUACCCUUUGUAGACAAGCCCAGAAUUCAGGAACUUUCUGCCUCUUUCACAAUCUCUCCCCCUUCCUGCAAAAGGUUGGGAAGAAAUAUUUGGUACCACAGCUCAGUGCAGCAGAGAUGAAAAGGAUCCUGAAGAAAUUCAGAGAGACAGAACAGCAGAUAGAGAAGUCAGUGCUGAUUGGUUGUUCAGACGAGCACGUACCACACUUUGCCCUGGAUUUAGGAGCCUUGGACAAAUCAGUCAUUGAAUCUGAACUCAAGGGAUCAUUUACUGACUUACGAAAGGCUCUCUUCAUAGUGGAUGGGAAGGACUCCUCUUUGAUGGCUUCGGCCCAGUCCCUUCUCCGGUGGCACGAUUCCCACCAGUACUGCAGCAAAACUGGGCAGCCCACUCAGAAAAACAUGGCUGGCAGCAAGCGAGUCUGCCAUGCCAGUGGAAUAACUUAUUAUCCACAGAUGUCUCCUGUGGUGAUCACCUUGGUGUCUGAUGGGAGCCGGUGCCUCCUCACACGACAGCCCUCAUUUCCCCAGGGGAUGUACACUGCUCUGUCGGGGUUCUGUGACAUAGGUGAAAAUGUGGAGGAGGCAGUCCAGAGAGAGGUGGCAGAAGAGGUGGGCCUGGAGGUGGAGUCAGUGUGGUACUCAGCUUCUCAGCAUUGGCCCUUUCCCAACAGCUCCUUAAUGAUUGCUUGUCACUCCUUGGUGAGGGCACAGGAGGCUGAGAUCAAUAUGGACAGCCUGGAAUUAGAAGAAGCCCGUUGGUUUGGCCUAGAGGAAGUUGUAGAGGGUCUCAAGAGAGACCAUGGAUCUUCAAAGCAAGACAAUGGUAGUUUUUUACCCUGGUUCCCUCCCAAACAGGCCAUUGCUCACCAGCUGAUAUGUGAGUGGGUUCAGCAGCAGACUUCCCAGCUGGCUUAGGUGUGACUGCUGCAAGUCUAAGACUCCACCAGAACUACAAAAGCUCGACACAAAAGCUGUAUAAAGACGUAGUGAAGGCCAAGUCUGAGGGCAGCACCAGACUGAUGGCAGUCUUAGGCUAACACACACUGACCUACAAAGCCAUUUCUAAACUGAUCACUCUCAGAUGAUUCCAGGGGCAGUGGAUCACCUCUGAGAUCCCAUGACUUCCAGUAACUGUUGGGUAAAAUUCUUGGUUCCAGCGUAUCAAGUUUACUGUGACCAGCUGCUGCUGUUGCCCAGCAAGCACCAGAAAUGGAGCCCCUAUGGCCCAUUGUUGUCCAUUUAUUUACCUUGGACAGAUAUCAAACACAUAAUUUUUGCAUAAAAAAAUAAAGGGACAGUGGCACUUUUCAGUGUUUAUAUGCAUCUGAAAGAAUGAUCAAAAAAAAUUUUAAAAGCCACUGCCUCUAUGCUCUUCCCUUCUGCAGUUUCCCUUCCCAUUCAGUUUUCCAGUUUCAUUUAAAACAUACUAUUUAAUUUUUAAAUUUUUUUUUUCUUUUUUGCAAAUAUUAAGUGGGCUCUUACUUCAUUGAAAGAUCUGAGCAACUGAAAAUAUCUCUAGAGGCACCAUUUUCCCCACCAGUAAGAGUGUGACUUCCAUCCCAAAGAAGAAAGAACAGAGCUAUCUGGUGGAAGAGAGCAGAAGAGCAAAACCUACAUGUAAGCCUAUCAGAAGAACCCAGGCAAUGGGAAGGUGAGAGGAACUGCUGCAAUAAAGGACAGACAAAAAUCCUGAAAGGCACAAUACCUCCUACCCUGUACCAAGUCUGUAGCUUGUCUGGAGACAUGGUUUUGCUUUACCUAUUAAAUGGUAUCACUUCUCUGCAGGAAAGAUACAGUCUCUGGGCAAGGGAAGUUUAGUGAAAAACACAGGCAGAAGGGACUGCUGAUCCAGGCUGCUGAGCCAAGCUGGGAGGCAUUUCUGCCUGCUUGGUCAGAGCUGAAAUGCCAGGGCCACAAUGCCAACAGUAUGGAUGCUUGAGUGGGGACCUGGAAUGUGUCACUGGCUGCCACCAGAAGGAUUUAUUGUCCAUGAAAGACCUUUUGCACAGCAGCUCUCAUUCAGUAAAACCUGUGUGCCAGAGCAUGUCUUCUGUGUUUGUGAGCUCCAUCUCAUAGUCAUUCCAGUAGGAAUGUAAUUCUGGUACAGCCAAGGGCACCGUGGCCUCUGUCCAGCCCAACCAGACACACCACAGGAGCCCACAUGCUGCUGAACUUCACUCCAAAGCUCCUGCAUCCAGCUGCCUUUGAAGCACUGCCUCUCUUUGCAGGGGUUCCUCCUGCUUUCUUUCCCAUCACACCAUUUUAAUUCCUCAGCAUUUACCUCUUCCUCUCACAUCUCUGGAAUCUGCUUCUUUCAGCCUCACUUCUUCCUUCCCCUUCUCUGCAGUGAAAGAUACUGAAGAGUUUGACUCUGCCGGCACUUCUUACCUUUCCUACUUCUCCUUAGUGCCUUUGCAACUCACCCUCAUGUAGUUCAUUAACACACUCUGAGAUUGCUUCCAGUGUACAACAUCCAGCUCGAUGUACUCAGUACUUUUUAAUAUCCACAGAUGACCUGUUCUCCCAGUGGCAAUAAAAGGACUAAGAAGUAAAAGCAGCCAAAAACCUGGUACCUGUGCAUGAAAGGGGGGAAUAGCUGUGUGACUGCUGCAGUAAUCUGAGUUUUGUCUGCUUUGGUUUUCUACUUUUACAGUACAUAUUUGCAGUGUCGGUCUUUGUUAAACCAGAUGCAGCGUAAUCUGCUUUAACUUCAGAGAAAAUUCACCUGUGUUUGGGAAACAUUGGGUUAGUCUGCUUGUCAAAUUAUGUUUUUUAACAUCAACACACAGGCUUCCAGGUCCUUCUGAACUGUCCUUUCUACACUGCUGACACCUCCCUGUCCUGGUGGGCUGCCCCUCUGGGGAGAUGUGGGCAGCACAGCAGCAGACAGGCUGGGCAUGGGAGGGAUGAGCACUACUGCUGCCCCUUGCUCGAUGCUGGUGAGCCAGACAUUGCCCAGGCUGAAGCUGGUAGAUACCACGGGCUUCAGAGCAGCUCUUAAAGAGUUGCAGUCUGAUGCUCUGACCACACUCUGACCACAAAAAUUUCUGAUGAAAUUUUUCAGACUUCAUCAGUUACUGCCUGCUUGCUACAGGAAGAAAUCUAGAGAAAAAGCAACACUAUCUUCUCAUUUUGUUGUUGCUUCUGUGACUCGCCUUUUAAAAGUUUUAAACACCUUUUAAGUAUCAGUAAGAAGAAAGUCUUUUCAAUCUAUGCAAAUAUGAUUUUUGAUAGAGCAAGAACUCCAAGGCUCUCAUAUCUUUUGAAAAGCCUUAUAUUUUAAACUGUUUUAUAAUAUCCUUAGUCCAUAGCCUUCUUGAUUUAUGUGUGAAACAGUCAGUGUCCUCUGUUCCUGGUGUUAAGAAACCAGGAAUGAUUAUAGGCAAUUACUGGCAAUACACAGGACAGAAAACCAAGAGGAGACAUUAUUCUCACUUACAUUUGCUGCAGAAAUCUAGCUGAAGCCUGAGUAGUACUCAGUGCAGUUGAGAUGGAACAUGCUCCAUAAGGGCAGCUGACCUGGAAAAAGCAGCAGGCAACUCCUAACAGGUGCUUCUUCCAUUAAACACAGCAGGGCUUUCCCAUGCAAAAGAUACCAGGAAAGAGGCACAUGGCAACAAAUUCUCUCAAAAACACAUCCGUUGAAUGAAUCCUCUUUGGGAACACUUGGCUUGCAUAGAUCUGUGUGACUCCAUUGUUUUCAGAGACUGCCAAGGCUCUGGACUUGGAGCAGGACCCACCUCUGGCAAGCAGUCAGCCUGUGGCAUUACAGCCCAGUUGUUUACAAGCAUUACCAGCCAGCAGGAUAUGAGGGCAGCUAUAAAA